AUGGACGCACCAGAUUUGAUGCCGCUGCUGGAGCAGCUAGAAGACAAUGUCGAUGAUCUUGAAGAGGUUCUUGAACCCGUCCUCGGCCAGUCCCUUGCGAAGUUAUCCAAGAAUCUGCCCGUGAUGGACAGGGCCAAGAUCCAUGUCUUGAUCACUUAUACGCUCGAGUCUCUCAUCUUCUCAUACCUGCGCCUCAAGGGUGUUGAUGCGAAGCAACACCCAGUAUUCCGCGAAUUGACCCGCGUGCGGCAAUACUUUGAGAAGAUCAAGGCCUUGGAAACCGAGCCUGAACAACCCACCAUGAAAUUGGACAAGGCGGCCGCAGGCAGAUUUAUUAAACAUGGCCUUGCUGGCAACAAUAAGAUUGAUCUAGAACUCGCAGAGAAGCAAGCCAAGGAGCGUGCACGCGCUCAACUGAAAGCCGCGAUGCUAGCCAAGAAGAGUGCCGCAAAGGAAGCGGCCCAGGACUCCGCAGCUACCUCUAGUGCCGUCACUUCUUCUGCCCAGGAGACCGGCGAUUCUGACGACGAUGACGAAGAAAUGGAAGAAGAUAUGGCCAAGGAAGAAAAACAAAUAGAAUCAAAGUCCAAACGAAGCAAGAAGGACAAGUCCAAGAAGGGACUCAGCAAAGCGGAACGGAGAGACGAAAAGAAGCAACGGCGCCAAAAGAAGGAGGAUGCUCGAAAGGCCCGGAAGGGUCAAUAG